AUGCGUAGUGAUGCAGAUGUGACGUACGGUGAUGUAGAUGUGAUGUACAGUGAUUUAGAUGUGAUGUACAGUGAUGUAGAUGUGAUGUACAGUGAUGUAGAUGCGAUGCACAGUGAUGUAGAUGUGAUGUACAGUGAUGUAGAUGCGAUGCACAGUGAUAUAGCUGCGAUGCGUAGUGAUGUAGAUGCGAUGCACAGUGAUGUAGCUGCGAUGCGUAGUGAUGUAGAUGUGAUGUACAGUGAUGUAGAUGUGAUGUACAGUGAUGUAGAUGCGAUGCACAGUGAUGUAGAUGCGAUGCGUAGUGAUGUAGAUGUGAUUGAUGUAGAUGUGAUGUACAGUGAUGUAGAUGCGAUGCACAGUGAUGUAGCUGCGAUGCGUAGUGAUGCAGAUGUGACGUACGGUGAUGUAGAUGUGAUGUACAGUGAUUUAGAUGUGAUGUACAGUGAUGUAGAUGUGAUGUACAGUGAUGUAGAUGCGAUGCACAGUGAUGUAGAUGUGAUGUACAGUGAUGUAGAUGCGAUGCACAGUGAUGUAGCUGCGAUGCGUAGUGAUGUAGAUGCGAUGCACAGUGAUGUAGCUGCGAUGCGUAGUGAUGUAGAUGUGAUGUACAGUGAUGUAGAUGUGAUGUACAGUGAUGUAGAUGCGAUGCACAGUGAUGUAGCUGCGAUGCGUAGUGAUGUAGAUGCGAUGCACAGUGAUGUAGCUGCGAUGCGUAGUGAUGUAGAUGUGAUGUACAGUGAUGUAGAUGUGAUGUACAGUGAUGUAGAUGCGAUGCACAGUGAUGUAGAUGCGAUGCAUAGUGAUGUAGCUGCGAUGCGUAGUGAUGUAGAUGUGAUGUACAGUGAUGUAGAUGUGAUGUACAGUGAUGUAGAUGUGAUGUGCAGUGAUGUAGAUGCGAUGCACAGUGAUGUAGAUGCGAUGCACAAUGAUGUAGCUGCGAUGCGUAGUGAUGUAGAUGCGGUGCACAGUGAUGUAGCUGCGGUGCGUAGCGAUGUAGAUGUGAUGUACAGUGAUGUAGAUGUGAUGUACAGUGAUGUAGAUGCGAUGCACAGUGAUGUAGCUGCGAUGCGUAGUGAUGCAGAUGUGACGUACAAUGAUGUAAAUAUGGUGCACAGUGGUGUAGCUGCGAUGUAUGCAGAUGUGACGUACAAUGAUGUGCGUUUUAUAGAGUAG